AUGGAUAUUGAUGAUGGUUUUGAUUUUUUUAAUAAUGGUAUGAGUUCAAUAAAUGAUCAUCAAAAAAAUAUGUUUGAUUUUCCAGUUUUUCAUUCUACACCUUCACUUACUCGUUCAAAACAAGAGAUACGUACCGUUGAUUUUCCUUCAACAAAAAAACAUUAUGGUAUUGUUAUUUUUUUCGAUCAUCAAAUGCCGAUUAUCUAUCGAUUGUUUAAUGAUAAUUAUUAUGUUCCUUAUAUUCGUUUUUCUUAUGUUCUUAAUAUUUUCUCAAAUUCUCCGCAUAAAAAUUGUUUAGUUGAUAUUCGAAAUUUACCUGUUAUUGAAAUGACAAGCACAGAGAAAAUUUAUUAUGAUGAAUUAUCUUCGUUAAGUGAUACUUCAGAUUGGUCAAAUUAUCAAUUAUUGAGUGUUUCAAUGCUUGAUGGUGUUUUAUCUAUUGUAAAUCUUACAAAAGAUUUCAAUUUUCAAAAUGGUAUUCAUUCUAUUGAACAAAGUAAAGAAUGGAAAGAAACAUUGAAUAGAAUACGCCAAGAAGCACGUGAUCGAUGGAUAUUAGAUGAAAAAAUAGUUUCAACUCGAUUAACAGAAAAAACUGAUAGGGAUUCAACAUGCAUUUUAUCAACGAAUAUGGCUCAACGACGAUCAUUUUUUGAAGAACGUGUAAGAAAUUAA